AUGGAUGGGUCGUCAACUGCGGGUGCUGGAGGUGUAGGUGUGAUCCUCCUAUCUCCUGAGGAAGACAUCCUCAAGUAUAGAGUCCAGCUUCAAUUUGUAGUAACAAACAAUGAAGCGGAGUAUGAAGCAGUACUUACAAGUAUGAGAGUCGCAAAAGCCCUAGGGGUCGGAAACUUAAAGUUGAAAUCAAACUCAAAGCUUGUAGUGAGGCAGAUAACCAAGGAGCAUGAAGCAAAGGAAGACAAGAUGAAAAGAUACUUAAAACUAACCAGUCAGUCAGUUUCUAACUUUGAUGAUAUCAGGAUUACUCAGGUACCAAGGGAGGAGAAUUUUGAAGCAGACGAAGUGGCUAGGCUUGCCUCGUCCAACAAUGAUACAGGACGACCAAGACUAUACAUAAAGGUGCAAAGCCUCCCAAGCAUAGAAGGGUUGGAUGUAAUCUAUGUUAAUUCCAAAGGUAGCUGGAUGGACCCGAUAAUCACUUAUAUUAAAGAUGGCACGCUCCCAUCAGACCCUUCAGAGGCCAAGAAGAUCAGAGUAAGGUCGUCCAGAUUCACAAUCCUGAAUGAAGAGCUGUACAAAAGGGGGUUUUCUCAACCCUACUUGAAGUGCCUAGACUCCAAGGAUGCCGCAUACGUGUUGAGUGAAUUCCACGAAGGUGUCUGUGGAAAUCAUUCAGGCCCACGAUCACUUGUGGGGAAAGUGGUCCGAGUAGGAUAUUUUUGGCCAACCAUGCAGAGGGAUGCAACCCAGGUCGUCCAGAAGUGUGACAAGUGCCAGCAAUUUGGAAAUGUGCAACACGUCCCAACAAAGCACAUGACGAACAUUUCAUCACCAUGGCUGUUCUCAACAUGGGGAAUUGAAAUUGUAGGUCCCCUACCACCAGGUAAAAAGCAAGUCAAAUUUUUAGUCGUUGCUAUUGAUUAUUUCAAGAAAUGGGUGGAAGCAAAACCUUUGACAGUAAUCACAGAGGCCAAGAUACAGCACUUCGUCUGGAAAAAUAUCAUCUGUCGGUUCGAGAUUCUGAGGGUGAUUAUCUCUGACAACGAAUGA